CGUCGUGACAAGCCGGAAUGGAGAAGUUUUCUAUUCAUCGCAGUAAAGUUGAAGGAAGAACAGAGGAGCAUGCCAUCAUAAUGUGGAUCCGGAGGGGAUAGAAAAAGAAGUAUCGGGGGAAAAAGAAAGGUUGCCAUUUCAUUUAAGCUCUGUCUGAGCUCCUGCGCUUUACCAAGUCUGGGCUUGCUGUCCCAAUCCAGGCAGAUUGACUUUGCAGAUGGCCCAGCAAGAGGAACCUCUGUACGACUUCCCAGAGCCCAGCAACCCAUCGGAGCGUCAGCUGCCGGGACAUGAGCGGGGCCGGGGCUCCCUGAAGAGCAUCAGCGUCCUGGACCGGCUCCUGCUCACAGUCCCAGUGUGGCUCCAGCUGUCAAUCAACCCAGCCACAGCGCUCCACAUCCUGCAGAGAGAGCCUCCUGGGACUUUCUUGGUGCGAAUGUCCCGCACUUCCCAGAGGAAGGUUCUGUGUGUCCGCGUGGCGGAUGACAGCGUACCGUCCUUUGUUCAACAGUUUGGCAUCACAGAGGAACAGUCAACUCUCUCUCUGGAAACUUCAGCCAUCAGCUUUCCAGAUCUCCCAAGACUUCUUUCCUUUUAUUGUGUCAGCAGAGAUGUGCUGCCCUUCCCUCUGGAGCUUCCUGCAGCCAUCACAAGGGCCGCCUCGCACAAGCAACUGGAGUCAAUCUCUCAUAUGGGAGUAGAAUUCUGGAGCUCCCACUUGAAUUUCCGAGGGCCACGCGAGGCGUCUAAGAGCCGAGAGCGCAAGGAGAGGAAGCCGGAGCCGGUAAAGCCGACCCCGCCUGCUAAUCCACCAACCAGCUCCACGGCUCAGCCCGGUUCUGUCUCCCAUCACGACCCAAACACCCUGGUCCAAACAGAACCCGAGUCAGACGAUACCUCCAAACAGCUGGAUCCAAACGCCGCUCUGUUCCACGAGUUCUGCCCCAUCACCACGCGCAGCCCCCGGGAGCUGGACUACGGCUCUGGCCUGGGCGCGCUCUGCUUCAUCAACCCUCUGUUCCUGCAGUCCCAGAACACGCUGUGCAGGAGACGCAUGUUCAAACGCAGCCUGAAGAUCCGGGUUUCCACGGAGACGUCAACCAUGCUGUCGCCUCCACUCGCUCCACCCCCCCCUCCGCCUCUUAUGCCCAAAACCAAAGGGAGAAGCAAACCCCAGGUAGGGGGACGAGGAGCAGUUCAACCCAGGGGAAGGUCUGUUCCAGAAACCCCGGCUCACCCUCCGUCACAGACGCAGCAGCCGCUCGGCGAGGGCGACGUGGAGCCGGAAUCAGCAGCGUCUCACGUCCAGCCAGAGAUGCAGGACCAGGACCAGGAGGAGGUGGAAUCAGGCAAGAGUAGAGCCAGAAUCCGAGGCGAAGAGGCCGCAGCUCAGCUGCCAGCAGUAACAGCACACCUUCUAAGUGAUUACAUGAAACCUCCUCCAGUGAUGAAUUUAUCCUACCCUCCCUCUCUCUCUCCCUACCAAUCACCCACCGUUUCUCCCAGGGCUCCUCAGCUUUUACCCAAAACGUACCCGUCCCUCUCUCCUCACGACUCCCCCGCUGCUUCUCCCUCUCUCUCGCCUUACCAGUCCCCGUCUCUGUCUCCUAGGGUUCUGGCGUCCCUCUCCCCCUACCAUUCACCAUCUUUCUCCCCUGACACCUCCUCCCCUCCGUCCCCUCUCACCCCUCCAUCAUCCUCGCCGCUGACAGAACAGGCCUGCUUUACGCCUGAUCAUCGGAGAUCAGGGAGUCGGGCUGAGGAGGGAGACGAGGGGGAAGAUGGAGCCACAAGGGACUUGGAUCAAAAAGGAAAAAUGGUGUAGAGAAAAGAAAAGUGCAUCUCUGGGCAAAGUUAAGAGCUGCUGUUCCCUCUGUAGCCUUGAGGAACCAGAGGAGACGACAGGACUGUCUCAGAAAAUUUGAAUAUUGUGAUAAAGUUCUUUAUUUUCUGUAAUGCAAUUAAAAAAACAAAAAUGUCAUACAUUCUGGAUUCAUUAGAAAUCAACUGAAAUAUUGCAAGCCUUUUAUUAUUUUAAUAU